GUCCCCCCCGCCGCCCCCGGCCUCGAGCGGACGCGCGGCGGGAGCCGUUCCCCGACGGGCAGCGGGGCGCUGGGUCGCCGCGUUUGGGCUGAGCGCGGCGACGCUGCUGCCCCGAAAUCCUCCCCGAUCUUGAGGCGUAUGGAACCUCAAGGUCUUUGUGAUAAUGGAAACCAAAAAAUUGAUUGGUAAACCGCUUCAACCAGCAAGACCUGUUCGUCAUCUGACUUCUCCCCCUGGAGCAGUAUUCCCUUUCAACUUUCAAAAUGAAUAUUCAUGCAACACUCAGUGCUUACAAAGUGGAGUUAGCAGAUGUAAGACAAAUGGAAUGCAAGCCUUUUCUCAAGGUCAUAAUGAACAACAGCAACAUCAGUCUCCAGUUAAAAAAGAGAGAAUUAAAUACAGCAGAGAUUUCCUGUUGAAGCUCUCAAGUGUUUCCAUCUGCAGAAAAAAACCAGACUUUCUGCCUGAUCAUCCCAUUGUACUUCAAAAACCAGAAAACCACCAAAGUUUUAAGUAGCAUUUUAAGAACAGAUGAAUUUGAAGAUAAAGAAUUAUUCGUUUUCUAUUUUGGACACCUGCAAAUGAAGUGGAUCUAGUAACGAUAACUGUAAUGGACUGUGACAAUUCAGUUU